AUGUCCCAUCCCAUUGCUCUCCCUGCUUCUACACCGUUUCACACUUCCCUACCUUCACACUUCUUCUUCUGCUCUGCACUCUCUUUCAUUCGUCUUCUCACUCCCAACUUCAUUGGGCUUCUGAUUUCUUCGUCUUCUCUCUCUUUUGAUUUUGAUUUUGAUUUAGUGUUUGUUGUUUCAGAUUACGAAAGAAUUCUACUAAUAUGUUCCAUCGGUGGUUUCCGUGACGGGUAUGGGAGAUCUCUUUGGUUGAUGCAAGGAAUGUUCAAAACCAAUGGAGGGUAUGGUUUUGUUAAAAAACCAUAUUUUCUAUUAAAAAUCGGUCCCAAUAAUGAGAUUUUUGAUCCUAAAGCUUCAUUGCCAUUGAAAACUACUUUGAAGGAGACAGUAUAUAUGAGGGAAGGAUGGUAUUAUGAUUUCAAGCAUAUAGAAUUUGAUCAAUUCUCACCUCCAGCCUUCUAUGCAAGGGUAAGAUAA